UGUGCGACAAAUCUCCGAGUGUUCCCAUCACUUCAUAUCGGAUAUCAUCAAAGAUGAAAUUGGUAAUAUUUUUGUUCGUGGUGUCCAUUACCCUGACUGUAAAUGCGCGGUCUAGUGGCAAAUAUACAGAUCGGUAUGACGGUAUCAACGUCGGAGAUGUUGUGUCAAACCGACGCCUGCUCGUGCCUUACCUGAAGUGUCUUCUCGAGCAAGGCAAGUGCUCGCCCGAAGGCAGAGAGUUAAAAUCACACAUAAGGGAAGCUUUAGAAAAUUAUUGUGCAAAGUGCACGGACACGCAACGCCGAGGUACACGCCUCGUUCUAGCCCACCUUAUCAACAACGAGCCUUCAUAUUGGAAACAACUGACGGACAAAUACGACCGGCAACAUAAGUACGUCACGAAAUAUGAAGCUGAAUUAAGAACCAUAAAGACUUAAAUAAAUAUUUAUAAGGGAAACA